UCAGAUCACAGCUCACAUAGUUUCAGCUCUCAGGAAGUGAAGCUCAGACACUCGCUGCCACUGAGAGGUGAAAUGGCGCAGAGAGGAGUUCAGCUGGACCGGGAGACCUUCUCUUGUUCCAUCUGUCUGGAUCUACUGAAGGAUCCGGUGACGACUUCCUGUGGACACAGCUACUGCAUGAAGUGUAUUAAAUCCCACUGGGAUAAAGAGGAUGAGAAGAAGAUCCACAGCUGCCCUCAGUGCAGGCAGAGCUUCACACCGAGGCCUGUCCUGCUGAAGAACACCAUGCUAGCAGCUUUAGUGGAGGAGCUGAAGAAGACUGGACUCCAAGCUGCUCCUGCUGAUCUCUGCUAUGCUGGAGCUGAAGACGUGGGAUGUGAUUUCUGUACUGGGAGAAAACGGAAAGCCUUGGAGUCCUGUCUGCAGUGUGUGGCCUCAUACUGUGAGAGUCACCUCCAGCCUCACUAUGAAUCACCUGCCUUUAAGAAACACAAGCUGAUGGAGCCCUCCAAGAAGCUCCUGGAGAGCAUGUGCUCUCGUCAUGAGGAGGUGAAGAAGAUGUUCUGCCGCACUGAUCAGCAGUGUAUCUGUUAUCUCUGCUCUGUGGACGAACAUAAAGGCCACGACACAGUUUUGGCUGCAGCGGAAAGGACUGAGAGGCAGAGAGAGCUGGAGGGGAGUCGACAAAACAUCCAGCAGAGAAUCCAGGACAGAGAGAAGGAGGUGAAGCUGCUUCAGCAGGAGGUGCAGGCCGUCAAUGGCUCUGCUGAUAAAGCAGUGGAGGACAGUGAGAAGACGUUCACUGAGCUGAUCCGUCUCAUGGAGAAAAGAAGCUCUGAUGUGAAGCAGCAGGUCAGAUCCCAGCAGGAAACUGAAGUGAGUCGAGUCAGAGAGCUUCAGGAGAAGCUGGAGCAGGAGAUCAGGGAGCUGAAGAGGAGAGACGCUGAAGCGCUGUCUCACACAGAGGAUCACACCCAGUUUCUGCUCAACUACCCCUCUCUGUUACCUCUCAGUGAACCUACACACUCAUCCAGCAUUAACAUCCGUCCUCUGAGCUACUUUGAGGACGUGACGGCGGCCCUGUCAGCAGUCAGAGACAAACUACAGGACGUCCUGAGAGAGGAAUGGACCAACGUCUCACCGACUGAAGUGGAUGUUUUACCAUCAGCAGCAGAGCCCACCACCAGAGCUGGGUUCUUACAAAAUUCACAGGAGAUCACUCUGGAUCCAAACACAGCAUACAAGAUCAUGUUAUUAUCUGAGGGGAGCAGAACAGCAAAAUACAUGGGACAACCACAGUCUUAUUCUAGUCACCCAGACAGAUUCACUACUUAUCCUCAGGUCCUGAGUAGAGAGGGUCUGACUGGGCGUUCUUACUGGGAGGUGGAGUGGAGAGGGAGAGAAGUUCGUGCAGCAGUCGCAUUCAGGAACAUCAGAAGAACAGGGGCUGAAGGUCAAUUUGGAUUCAAUGACAAAUCCUGGGUGUUAAUUUUUAACCAAAACAGUUAUUCCUUACGUCACAACAACAUCAAAACUCCCAUCUCAGGUCCUCUGUCCUCCAGAGUAGGAGUGUACCUGGAUCACAGAGCAGGUAUUCUGUCCUUCUACAGCGUCUCUGAAACCAUGACUCUCCUCCACAGAGUCCAGACCACAUUCACUCGGCCUCUCCAUGCUGGAGUUCAGCUUCAUGGUUAUGGAGCCACAGCUGAGUUGUGUAAACUGAAAUAGCCUGAAGUCAUUUGAGGAACUCUUGUACUUCUUAAACUCAUUGCGUGUCCAUCAUUGUUGCUGAGAGCUGAUUGUUCAUGUCUUCACUGCACAGAGAUCAGCUGUCAAUCAAACAUUAUGGGAUGUGCUUUAACGUCUUCUCAUGAGUUGUUCUGUAGAUGUUGGAGUUUCUUUAGGCGGCGCUCCUUCCUGUGUCUGUUUAGCCAUGGAGGCUGUCACUGCUCAGGAGGAUUUCUGUUAACCUCAACUGAUAUUUCUCUGCAUGAAAAUGUAAACGUUGCUCUAGAUAUUUGUUGGCUAUUCUAUUUUUGACUAAGUCUCAAUGUGUUGAAUGCAUAAAUGAAAGUUUGAAGGAGGAAAGAAAACACAUUCAAAGAAAGUCAAGAAACAGGUUGAGUUUGUAAUAAAUUGUGUUUCUAUUUUAAUUUUCAAGAUGUGAGAUGAUGAGUGCCUCAUUUACAUGUCUGUACACAAUAAAAUGUUGGGGUUUUUCUUGUUAAUAAAAGAGCUAAGAGGACAUAAGUGAAAA